CGAUUGAAUGAAUGAAUAAGGAAAUGAAGCAGCAGUUCGUCUCUGUGAAGGUGAGAAGAUGGACAGAAACUAUGAGUUUACUGAAGAAAAUCUGUUCCUGACCAAGUUAUGUUCACAGACUAAGUUACUGUGGUAAUUCACUCUGAGCACAAGUUACCUCUCUUCAUGAAAUGGGCUUGAGUUACCCCACUGUAUCAAGUUUGAGUUACCUGCGUUACUGAAAUGGUUAACCCAGAGCUUCCCUCAUCCUGCUUUCUGAAAAGGGGACCAGGAACCGCAGAGUGAAUGAUUAAUACCACUGACAUUCAGGCCCACCUCCAAAAUCUAAUUUGAAUUUUCGUUCAUCAGUGCUACCAGUGGAAAAAUGAGUAACUGAGAUAGUUUUACCUCCCACUUAAAACUGUACCUAUAUCACUGUCACAAAUUCCCACAGAUGCUACGAGUUUGGCUUGAUGGUAGACUCAUCUUCAGCAUUUAAGCCUCAGGAUCGAAAGUAACAUUUUGGUUUUCUGGCCAAAUUGAAACUCCAUCACUCUCCUUCAGCUUUUCUUUCAUUGCUUCACCUGGAGUGACAGAGAAUUAAUUGGACCUUCAAGUAUUUAGUUUCUGCUGCCUUAUAUUGGUUACUCUAAUAGCUUUGGAAUCAUGGCCAGACAUAUAUAGUGGCUGUGCUUGCAAAUUUUCAUAGAAGACUGGACCAUUAGCAUUGGAGGACGUUUGCGUUCCCUGAGUGCUCUUCUAGGUAUCAGCGCAACAGUUUUAAGUUUGUCUGCAAUGGAAAACCUUAUUCUGCAGUACCCCAGUAUAACCACUCUGCUGAGCACUGCUGGGAUCUUCCUCGCCUUGUAUGUAUUUUUCUCCGGCUUUGACCGUCAAAGAAAGGAGCCUCCAGGUCCCAGGCCACUGCCACUGUUUGGCAGUUUGCUGCAGCUGGAUACAAAGGCGCCCCACAAAACUCUACAUGAGCUCUCCAAGAAGUAUGGACCCAUAUUCACAGUCUAUUUUGGGCCAAAAAAAGUAGUUGUUCUGGCAGGACACAAGAUGAUCAAGCAGGCUCUGGUCAGCCACAAUGCAUUUUCAGACAAAGAAAUUUUACCAAUUAUCAAAGACCUGAAAUUGACACACGGAAUUGUAUUUGCCAAUGGAUCCUCAUGGAAAGAAAUGAGAAAUUUUGCACUGACUAGCAUGAAAGACUUUGGAAUGGGCAAACAAGCAUGUGGAGAGAAAAUCAUAGAGGAGAGUCAACACCUAAUUGAUGUCUUUAAAGGAACACAUGGUAAUCCCAUUGACACUGCUCAGCCAGUAAGCCAGGCUGUCUGCAAUAUCAUUUGUUCUAUUGUCUAUGGCAAGAGGUUUGAAUAUGAUGACCCAGUGUUCAGCUCUAUGGUGGCUCGAGCGAAGAAGAACAGUCAGCUCAUGGGCUGUGCUUCAGUGCAGCUGUAUAACCUUUUUCCAAGGCUGUUCAGUUGGGUUGGAGCUCGAAAACAACUGAUGAAAGGUGCAUUUGCUAAUAGGAGACAGAUGAAAGAGUUGAUCAAGGGUUUACAAGACACCCUUAAUCCACAGAUGCACAGAGGUUUGGUGGACGCCUUUCUGGCCCGCAAGAUGCACCUUGAGACAUCGGGAAUUGCGAAUUCUCACUAUGAUGAUGACAACCUGCUGAUUACUAUUGUCAACCUGUUCACUGCUGGCACCGACACUACAUCUUCUACUAUUAGAUACGGUUUACUGCUCAUGGCCAAGCACCCAAAAAUACAAGACCUGGUCCAAGAGGAACUCAGCAGGGUGGUAGGAAGCCGUCAGAUCCAAGUAGAGGACAGAAAGAACCUGCCUUACACUGAUGCUGUCAUUCAUGAAAUUCAGAGAAUGAUCAGCAUUGUCCCCUCAAUUGCACGUUGUGCCUCCCAGGAUGCCACUCUCCAGGGUUACUUUAUCAAGAAGGGGACUCCAGUGCUUGUUCUGCUGUGGUCAGCCCUUCAGGAUGAAAAUGAAUGGGAAAACCCUGAUACUUUUGACCCAGCCCAUUUCCUAGAUAAGGAUGGAAAUUUCAGAAAGAGAGAAGCUUUUCUAACUUUCUCUGCAGGCUCAAGGGUUUGUACAGGGGAGAGUUUAGCCCGGAUGGAGCUGUUCCUCUUCUUCACCUCCCUCCUCCAGCACUUUCGUUUUACUCCCCCACCUGGAGUUACGGAAGAUGAACUGGAUCUGACGCUUGUUACGGGCUUCUCCCUAAGUCCUUCACCUCAUGAGCUUUGUGCCAUUAGCAGGUUCUAAUAAACAGUCACAUCAGAGAAUUGCAAACAGCGAUCACCCACUGAGAAACUGCACAAUGAUUUUCAAAUGAGUUUUAUUGUCGCAUGCACAAUCAAACACAGUACAGUGUCUCAUAAAAUCCUUAUGUGCCUUGCUCCAGAAUGACUUCAACAAAUAAAGCUAAAUAUAAUAUAGACAUAUAGAUGUCAACUUUGUAUUUUCAGACAAUAAGAAAUAAGAAGAUUUGCUGAAAUAAUGUUAAGAUUCAGAAGAAGAAUGGAUUAAAGGAUACCAAAA